UUUACAAUCACAAGAGCUUCCGGGUUAAUUAGAAAGUUGAAAGUGUAGCAAUAGCCACAGCAGCAUAGGAUGGCUUCGUUCGGCUGGAAGAGGAAAGUGGGCGAGCGGGUGUGCAAGGCAGCGGUGCAGCAGUUUGAAGCCGCGGCGGAGAAGCCAGAGGAGGAUGGAGUGGACGAGGUGGACUGGCUACAUGCUAUCAAACGGCGCCGUGAAGCCCUCCUGGAGGACUGCGCUGCGAAGGGAAACAGGCUGAAGGAGGAGGGGACGGUGCUGGCACAAGAGGGCAGACACUGGGAGGCCAUUAAGAGGUGGGAUGAAGCCAUCCAGCUGACUCCAGACAACCCUCUACUGUAUGAGAUGAAGUCCCAGGUGCUGACCAUUCUGCAGGAGGUGUUCCCUGCAGUGCAGGCAGCAGAGAUGGCCGUGAAGCUCCGCCCCCUGUGGUGGGAGGGCUGGCAGACACUAGGCCGUGCCCAGCUCAGUCUGGGUGAGGUGGACCUGGCGGUGAGGUCCUUCCAGGUAGCAGUCCACCUGUGUCCGUCAGAGCGCCCCCUCUGGUCGGAUGACCUGGCGUGGGCGCGGCAGCUGCUGCAGCAGAGACGGACGGCCCAGAACCAGACUCAGCAGGAGGAGGAGGCCCAACGGGAUGUCCUGAACCCUCCAGAGCUCCAGCAGGACUACGACUUUGAGUCAGACGAGGUGGUGGUGGCCUGCGCUGCCGUAGCCGAGAGACAGAGACGCUAUGAGGAACUGAAGAGGACAGUCGUGGUUGUCGACACUGAGGGGAAUUCUAGGAAGAUACCUGUGGAGGAGGCGGGGUCAGGGGACAUACCCUCUUCAUCACAGGAUCAGUUGGUCAAAGCACGGGGACUAUGAUCUGUCUCUAAGGAUUUAUGGGCUAGAAUGGAUCUUAUGGACUGAAAUGGGUCUUUUUGUUGUUUUGAGUCUUUAGUCUUAUGCAUGUCAUUAUGGUUUCCCCUUUAGUCUACAACAGACUGUGGGUGAUAGAGGUAGAUUUAAUCAAAUAGAUUUUUGUUUUAGUGUGUUAUGUUUUCACUAUUUAUCAAUGCUCUCAUAUUACUGCCAUUUAAAAGACUGAAUUUGAGCGUAGCCAAAAAUAAUUAUCAUCAUCAUUUGGCACUCAAGAGGUCAAUUGUCACUCAUGUUGAUUAAUCCUCCUCCUGAAAAGAGGAUCCUGUUGUGUUUUGGAAUAUGUCUGUCAGUCCCAUUUCUUAGACACAUUCAGGGCCGGUUUCCCCAGACACAGAUUUAACCUAGUCCUGGACUAACAAGCUUUUCACUGGAGAGACUUUAUUGAGCUUGCUUUUCCAUCCAGGAUCAGGCUUACUGUGUCCGGGAAACUGUCCCUUUUAGUCUUUUGAAAUGUCUAUGAGAACAUUCGGAACGUCUUUGUCAGAUGACCGGAAAAUAUCUCCCUGGAAAACUCCUGUCACUUGAGUCUAUCAGUCAAGCUGUUAUUAAAAAAGUUUUCGAAUUGCAGUUUCAUGCAACAUGAAGUCUCAGUUGGAAGUGCUAUUUCAUAAUGACUAACGGACUGGUCUUAUCGGUUGGGAAACUCUGUCUCCACGGUAACUCAAGAGAAAUAAACCCCACAGAGAAAUAAUAUUGCAUGAGUAUUCCCAGAAUUCCAGCUGAGUGUUAGGAUGUGUGUGUCAUAUGACCCUCCAUAGGGGACAGGUGAGCUGCUAAAACAAUAUAUCCACCGUGGCCCUGAAAUCUAGCAGCUGGAUAGCGCUGAAAGCUCUGUGCAGUCAGCCUGGACUGGCCAUGCUGAACAGCCUAGAAGCUUGAACAGUCAUUGAAUUUGAAUGGCAUCUUCUAAUAGCAAGAUUGUUUUCAUGGGACACUCAAGGGGUUUUGUAUGACUAAAACAGGCUAUCAGAUUUCAGGGUUUAUUAUUGGCGAUAUUAAAGAGAGGCUGUGAAAGAGGAGACAGGUUUUUGAGAGGAUACAUGUAUCCUCCUCGUCUUUAUUAAAAUCAUAUUAAGACCAUUUCGUCAUCGGUAUCUCUCAAAUAUAUUUCCUAGUAGUACAGUGUUAAAAGGAGUUUUCUGACAGAGGGAACUGGCCUGGUUCUAGAACAUGAACGUCCGGGGAUGCUUUAGGAUUUCAAAGGGCAUUACACGUCAGGAACAUUUUGUUAAUAGAAAUCAUUAGACAAUGAAUUGUUAUUGGUAAAGAACUACAAACAGUGCCCAAAUCAUUGUAACUGGUAUUUGGUAGGAUAUGUGUUUUGGUCAUCAUCACUACGAUGGAAGUAGGCAAAAAAGCAGCAACUUUGGGUAAAAGCAGACCUGCUUCUCUCACGUCAACCACACUGAGGGCACGUGCUGUGUUUACAGUGCAAACAUCUGGUGACGUUGCCAAAGCCAUUCAAAUCAUUUAAACACCUGGCACAAAAAUUCUCAAAACAAGUCUGGAGCAUAAGAUUGUGGUAGCGUCUCAAAAUGGGGCCUGAAUGUGUUUGUAACAAUAAUUCAUUUUAUACGACUGAGUUCAUUCACUGGUAAUGUGGGGGAUGAUAGGAGCUGUAAACAAAUAGUGGGAGAGGGAACAACUGUUUAGACCAUGAGAACGCUCAUGUAUAAUGUGAGUUAUAUUGAUGUUUCUAUAACUGACCCAGCUGAUGUAGUAAUACUUUGUUCUGUAAAUAAUGAGAAAAUGGAUCCGUUUUAGCUGUAAUGUGUCAAUUGAAAAUAAAUCAAUUGGUUACAAGUAA